ACACACACACACACAAGGUUACUUCUACUGAUAUUACUGCUAGAUUAAAAUGAGUUCGUCGCUUCCUAAGAGCGAGUCUAAAACAUCUUUGAUAGGAUCCUCGGCUCACCGUCAACAUCAGCAUCCCCAGCAUCCCGGGGACACCGGAAACGAGGAGCCCGCAGAAGGCGCGCGCGGAAACACGCGGAACGGAGGCGUGAGACGCGGCCAAAAGAGCCAGCAGGAGGAGGAAAGGACGAGACGCAAGGAAUCGCUUAAUCAACCCCAGAGUGAGAAAACCCCGAAGCCGAAAGACGAAACCAAUGCAUCAAACCCGCGAAAGGGAUCGAGCCAAAGCGCAAAAACGAACCCGAAACCAGCGCCAGCGCGAGAAAAGACGCAUGAGGAUUUGCGUCCGAUCAUAAAGUCAGUCUUCGGCCAGAACAGAGAGCUGAGACCUGAAGAACUAGAGGAGCUCAAGGACGCGUUUACGGAGUUUGAUAAGGACAGAGACGGCCUUCUUAGCUGUAAGGAGCUAGGGGUCUGCAUGAGGACAAUGGGUUACAUGCCUACAGAGAUGGAGCUGAUUGAAUUGAGUCAGCAGGUCAACAUGAACAUGGGAGGUCACGUGGACUUUGAGGACUUUGUGGAGUUGAUGGGACCAAAACUUUUAGCAGAAACAGCCGAUAUGAUCGGAAUGAAGGAGCUCAGAGACGCUUUUAAAGAGUUUGACUCUAAUGGAGAUGGUAAAAUCAGCUCAUCCGAACUCAGAGAAGCCAUGAAGAAACUGCUGGGACAACAGAUUAAACGCAAAGAGCUGGAGGACAUCGUGAAGGACAUUGAUCUUAACGGUGAUGGACACGUGGACUUUGAAGAGUUUGUGCGAAUGAUGUCGCGCUGACGUGAGGACCGACAGAUCAGAGCUGAAAGACACAAUGGAGGUAGAAAGGCGCUAGAGAGGUGAUUAGAAGUGACAUUUGGAAUACAACCUCUGACCUCCAACCCUUCGAUGAAGCACGAGAGCCCUUGACGUCUCCUCUUCGAAGGACUACAGGCUGAUCAAACGAUGCUGCAAGAAAACAUUUUCUAUCCAGCUUUAAUUAACAGAAGCACAUCUUCCUAAAGAUAAUCAACAUAUCGCUGCAAUACUGUGAUUUAAAAGUUUUACACCAGGUUUAUCUGAGCAGGACACACCUUGUGGAUUGGAUAUGCAAUAUUACUUCUUUCUUUCUGUGUUUAUGUGGACUUUUUUUUUUACUGCUGUAUGAGAGUGAGUGUAUGGAGCCCAUCUUACAUGCGACAGAGGAAACCUGUGUCAUUUAGUAUCAGUAAAUGUAGCUUUUUAUAUCGGAUGAUCGUGGCAAGCAGGGCAGCACAAAUCACAUGUGCACUAAGCUUGAACUUAUGCUUUGAAUCUACUUUUGUCACUAGUGGUUUCUGGGUCUACUUUCUGUCACUGGUGGCUUGUUUCACAAACACACAACACAUCCGAUCUCCACCAGUAUACCCUAAUUAUAGAAACUGUGAAUAUUGUAUACAGUACAUAGACGUUAACCAUUACACAAGAAAAUUAGCUUGAAGCUAAAAGCACAACAUGGGGAAAUACUGGGUAUAGAAAUCUAUAGGAACCUCAAAUACAGGUAAUAUAAUUAUAUACAUUUCAAUUACAAGUCUAAACAAGACACAUUCGCAAAUCUUUCAAUCAAUACGCUUGCUUACGUUGUUAGGUCUUAUCAACUGUUUGUAUGGGUAUCUUUCUAGACAUGGUACUGGGUAUCUUACUUGUAUCAUUCAUGAAACAUAUCUGAGUGUUUACUAUUAAAACAUUAUUCUACAUACAA